AUGUUAGAUAAUUACUAGUGUCCAAGCAAAUAACAUUAUUUAUAGAAAAAUAUACAAAAGAAAUAUCAAGAUGAUUCAGUAAAUGAUUCUAAUUCAAUUAAAUUAACUCCUAAUGUUAGAAAUCAAAUGUUAGGAGUAUCUAAAAUAUCAGACAUUAAAGUCUAUAAUGAUUAUUCUAUUGAUUCAUAGAUAUUUGAUAAGAGCAGCAUCUUAGAAUAAUCAUUAGAAUAAGAACUCAGAAUAUGGAAGGAACAAUAUAAAGUUGAUCCUCAAGUGGUCUAAAAAAUAGAAUUAUGUAUUAUGAUGAUAGUUACAUUCUAGAAAUAAGAAAUAUAGAUAAUCAAAUAACAUAAUUGGCAACAUAAUUUGAAAUUUGUAUCAAUUUACAAUAAAAAACUUAAUCUUAUUUUUAAGAAUUUCAACAAAUUGUUAAAGGAACUACUUUUACUAAAUUUUCAAGAUCUAACAGCAAAAAAACAGCCCUUAGAACAAUAUUUUAUUGUCCAUUUUUAAAUGCAAUAUGUUGGAAAUCCAAAUCAUCUAAAUUUCCUUCAUCUAAAUAAAUUAUUCCAAUAGAUUAGAUAAUUUAAAUACACACUAAUUAUUAAAAGUAAUUUCAUUUAUUAUAAUCAUAGAUAUAAAUUAUUUAAGAAAAACUUUACAAUUCCUAAAUAAUUUAAUGAAGAGUUUUUCUUUGCAAUAGAAGGAAGAAAUGGAUAUCGAUUAGAAUUAAUUGCAGAAUCUAAAUAAGAAUAAGAAUUAUAUAUUAGAAUCUUAAAUUAAUUAGUUGAUAAUAAUUAAAAAUCAUUUAAUAGCUCAUUUUUUAUUGAAUAAUAUUCACAAAAUAUCAAUUAAAUUAAAAAGGUAUUAAUUAUUUAUAUUAAGAUUAAUAGAAUCUAGACACUUCUAAAUAAUGUUUUAUUGAGGCUAUAGAAAAAUUAUAAUAUAAUUUCAUAUAAAACACAACAUCUUUAUUAUAACAUGAAAAAGAGAAGAAUAUCUUAUUAAAAAAAAGAUCUUGUCAUAUUAUGAAUUAAAAUAAAUAAUAAAUUGAUGAAUUAGGUUAAUAAAAUCAUUAAUAAAAGAAAAUGAUAUAAGAAUUAUAAUUAUAGAAGGAAUAUUAUGAAUAAAGAAUUGUAUAAUUAUAAGAAUUUUAUAAUGUAAGAACAAUGUAAUUUAAAACAAGUUAAAGUCCUUAACUUUCAUAAAUUAAUUAAAUCUUAAAAGAUAUUAUAGGAUUAAAUGGUGAAAAUAGUAUAUAUAAUGAAUCUUUAAUUGAUAUACAAAUCUAAUAAAUUGAUUAAUAUUAGGAUUGUUUGAAAAAUCUAAGAAAAGUUCAAGAUAUUUUAGUUAAUUAAUAAAAUUUAGAAAUCAAUUUAAGAACAAAAAUGGAAAAGUAUUAAAAUGAAAAUUCUAAUUUAUAAUAAUAAAUUAAAAAGCUAUAAAUUGAUAUUAAUGAAUGUGAAGGUAUAAAUUAAAUGUUACAAAAAAAAUUAAUUGAUUUUAAUUUAAAUAUGGAAUCAAAAGAAGAAUAAUUUAAUACUGUUAUUAAGGAGAUCUAAAGUUUAAAAUAACAUUUACCUUGUAGAAUGAGCACAUCUUAAUCAUAAUCAGAAUAUUCAAUUAAAUUGAAUGAAUAAGAUUAAACUCUUCUUAAUUUUUAUAUUUAGAUUAUAACAUUUCUGUUUUUCAUAUUAGUUCCAGAAGAAUUAAGCAAUGAAUUUGAAUAAAUUAUGUAAGGAUUCUUUGUUAAAAUAAGUACAAAAUAUGGAGAUUUAUUAUAAAUAUCUUUAUUGAUAAAAUAAAUAAAUAAAGUGUAUUAAAAUUUAGAAUAGCAAUACAAAAAUAAAAUAGAAUAAUUAUUCAAAGAAUAAAUAUAUCAUUAUUUCAAUUAUAUUCAAAAUUCUAAUAAAAAAAGUAUGCCUUCCCCAACAAGUACUUAAAAUUCAAAUAAAUUACUUAUAGUUGAUAAAACAUUUUCAUCUCCAAAUAAUAAGAUAUUUGUUAAGAAUAGUGCAAAAUUUUAUAAGAGAGAAACAUUCUAAUCAUUAGAUCCUCAAUAGAUUAAAUAUUUAUCAUAAUUAGUUAAAUGA